AUGGAUUCAUUAUUAACACAAUCAUCAAAGUGUACAGAUCCCGGUCGAUUAAUAUCUGGUAAACAAGUUAAAGGAAGAUUAUUUCGAAGCAAUACUGAACCACAAGUAUCAGAGGGUGAUGAUCCGAAUUUAGUAGAAUUAUUUCAAGUCAUUGAGGAAUCAAAUCAGUCGACUGAUGUUCCAGCACCACGUUUAAUAACUCUGGAGCGUCAAUUAUUUCAAAGUGUACUAAUCAGUUGGAAACCACCUGAAUUAAGUUCAAUGAAUGAGAAUAAAAUUGUAUCCGCUUAUCAUAUCUAUGUGGAUGGACAGUUUCGAUUAGCAGUAAUGGCUAAAGAAAAAACUCGUGCUUUAUUAGAUAAUGUUGAUGCAGAUAAACCGCAUCGUAUUUCUAUCCGUUCCAUCUCUUCACACGGUCAAUCAAAAGAUGCACAGUGUACACUGGUUGUCGGUCGAGGGAUGACUGCUACACCUGCUCGAUUGAAAGCAACACAAAUUGGUACAAAAUCAGCUAAGCUAAGUUGGAUACCUGGAAAUAGUAAUUAUUAUCAUAGAGUCUACUUAAAUGAAUGUCCAUUACACUUGUGUAAACCUGGAGUAUAUAAGUUGCACUUAACGGAUUUACCUCCAGAUACGUUGCAUCAGGUUUGUAUUCAAGCGUUGCCAUCUCCAAACAGUACACCUGAACCUAUUCAACAACCUCCACCGUGGAAUAAUGCUAGUUGGAGUGGUGUAUAUACGCAAAAGUUGGCUGCUUUCAUUGAAUUUCGAACACUUCCUAUAGGGUUACCAGAUCCCCCAAGUAAUGUACAGAUAGAGGCUGGACCUCAGGAUGGAAUGUUGCUUAUCACUUGGCUUCCAGUUCCACAGGAUAGAGGAGCAGCAGAUGCAGUAACAGCUGCUGGUGCUGGUAGCAGUUUACCAGUACAAGGCUAUACAGUUUGCUUGAAUGGUCAAGCUAUUAUGGAGCUCAAAGGAGCCUCAAGAGAUCAUGCUAUCCUUAGAUUAUGUGAUAUUAGAGAUCAUGUACAAAGAUUGACGAAUACUUCAACAUCAUUACACAACAACAAUAACAGUAUUAAUAAUAGUAAUAUUUUUUCAAAUCAAAGUAGUUCAAGUAAAUUUUCCAAUCCUGUAUUAAAUUCAACUGCUUAUGCAACAAUCACAGAGCUAUACAUUACUGUACAUUCAACAGUCCCUUUGAAUUCAUUAAAUUCUAAUAUUAAUCAAUCAUCUAUUGAAAUAUCAUCAUCUGAACAGGCAAGUAAUACAUCAACACAUUGUACUCUGUUAAAAGGUUCAGAAGGUCCUGCAUCAAAACCGAUACGUUUAACUCCUUGUUUAUUGAUUGCUGCAGCUGGUUCACUCGAAGCGGCUUACACUGUAUUUGGACCAAGUCUUGCGAUCAAAAUUGGUAUUAAUGAAGAUGCAGCUAGAAAAGCUGGUGUUUCACUGUCAAUUGAAGGCAAACAAGAAACAAGUGCACAUUUUAAUCCUCAACUUAUUGAAAAAUCAGUAUCUGGUGAUGAUAAUGGUUUACUGAUUGUAUCAGCUGAGACAGUUGUACGAAAGCCUAGUCCUACAGCGGAUGCAUUAGGCUCAGCUGAAGCUUUAUUAUUACGUCGUAAAUUAGAGAAACAAGAGUUGAGUGAUGAGACGCCAUCAUCAUCAGAUCACUUUUCUGGUAAAGGAGGGGAUAAUUCCAAUCAAAUUUCAAAGGCUAAAAAUAGUCUGCAUCAAUCAUUCAGGGAUACAGCUAAUGUACAAAAAUCGUUAACUGAUCGAAGUUAUUAUAAUGAUCAGAACCACCAUCAUUAUCAUCAUCAUCAUCCUCAUCGUCAUCAUCAACGAAAUUAUCAUCAACCACAUAAUCCUAAACAUACAAAAUAUAAAUGGCGGCAAACUAGAUCAAUUUCAAAUGAUUAUGGGUUGAAUGCAAAGUACGAUCUUCUCAAAGAUGGUUAUCAUAGUGAUGAAGCUUCAAUUAAUAGCUCUUUAUCGAGUGAAUCAUCGAAAACACUAGGUAAUCGUUGGUUUCGUACAUCCUCUUCGUAUAAUUUAACUACAGAUUACCCGAAUCGGCAAUGGAGACCUCGUGGCGCUACAAAAAGUAACCUGCAUAGAGGAUAUCCAUUCGAGAAUCACGAAUGCCUUACAAAUGAAAGAAUCACUAAAAGAGAAGGAAUACGACGUAAAAAUUUGCUCAGUCUUUAUGACAGCGGUAUAUAUCCUGGUAAUAUGGAUCAAAAUUUUGGCUACUCUGGUAAACACCCACAGUCUUUCAAGGAUUCUGCCUACACUGGUAGAAUAUCUCCAGAAGCUAGAUAUGACAUUUUAACCAAGUAUGGUACAAGGAGAUUACUUGAUUCUUAUCCAACUAGUCGGUAUUCAAGACACGAUGUUAAUCCAAUGUCUUCAUCAUCCAAUGAAGAAAGAUAUCUUGAUUCUGCACUGAACAAUCGAAGUCAUAUCAGUCAUGGUGAUUAUUUCGACAGAUUUCCAAUUUCAAAUAUUUUAACCACCUUAGCUUAUCCAGUGAAUGUAAGAAGUCGAAGUACAAGUCCAAAGCACAUUCAUAUAUUUAGUGCACCUGUAAAUCAACCCCGAAAUAUUGAAUCAGAGUAUAACUUUCCUAAUGCUUCCAGUCAUAGAACUCCAAGAUCUCAUCGUCCGCUACCCAUGGGAAUUGAAAGCCGGCGAAGGCCAAUAAGAGGACGGUACUACUCCACUCAUGGUAAUCCCUUCGAAAAUCUAUCAUUACCAGAAAUACAGAUUACACGGAAUAGCAGUUUCUCAGAUAAUGAACCACAGUUCCAAAUACCUGAUCCCCAUCAUCAUCAACAGUCACAAAGUUCUUAUCAAAAUAUUCAUGGACCCACUAGACCUAUCCGAUCACGUUUUAUGGAUACUAGACGACAUGGUUCAUAUGAUCCUCAAAUUAGUCAAACAGGUUUCUCUACAAUACAGCAUCAUGAUCCAGCAUUUACCCGUCACCCAGUGCCAGUUGAAUCAUUGACACCUGGACCAAAAAGAUCUAUGUAUCAUAAUAUGCCAUCACCAGUCACAAAUCCCAAAUCUCAACAUGAUAACAGACCCCCAUUCAAUCAAGGAAAUUUGAAAAGUUAUCGAAUAAAUGAACCAGGAUUUGAUUCUUUGGCAACUAAAUCAGGCAGUCCAAGGCAAGCAGCUGUCUUUCAACAUCAGCACCAGCUCCAGCAUCAACAACAACAACAACAGUCAUCAUCUCAGUAUCCACGAUCUGGGAAGUUAGUUACACAAGAUGAACAGCAAUAUAACAUGAAUCAAAGAUAUACCAAUGGUGAGUAUCCAGUUCGAAUGAUGUCAACUGAAUUGAAGCCAAUUAGAGUUGUAGUAGCUUUAUACGACUAUGAUCCAGCUACUAUGUCACCUAAUAUUGAUGGUGUACAAGAAGAACUACCAUUUCGAGAAGGACAACUGAUCAAGAUUCUAACUGAAUGUGAUGAAGAUGGAUUUUAUCUAGGUGAGUGUAAUGGCCUACGUGGAUUAGUCCCAUCGAAUAUGGUAUCUGAAUUAGUAGAAUCAGAUUUAUCAAAAGGACAAAAAUCUAAUCAUCCUGUCGAUUCACGUACAAAUCUUAUAGAAACGAAUUUAGCUCCUCCAGGUCAAGUUACUAAAGCACGUUCCAUGGAUAUCACUUCACAAAGUCAACUGAAUUCAUCUGGUCACAAUUAUUAUCUAACUAGGAAGCAUGAUCAUAUGAUUCAACAAGCUUAUUCUGUACCACGAAACUCAGAUUUCAUCCAUGAGCCAGUGUUUCAUCCACCUGUCACAGUACCCGGUUACUCUCAAGCUAAAGACAUGUACACAGAUGAAGUAACACAGGAUUAUAAUCAUCAGCCAAAAUCUCAAAAGAAAUACAAUACUUCAUUGCAUAUAUCACGUACAAUACAGAGCAAACAAGCUGAAUCAGUCAGACAUCAACAGGAUCAGGAAGCUAGAAUUAUGAUUGCUAUCUACGAUUAUGACCCACAUGUACUAAGUCCCAAUGCAGAUGCUGAUGCUGAGCUUUCAUUCAAAUCAGGUGAACAGAUAACUGUAUUCGGUGAUAUGGAUGAUGAUGGAUUUUAUUAUGGUGAGACAAGAGAUGGUCGUCGUGGUCUUGUGCCUUCAAAUUUUUUACAACCGUGUACAAAUGAAACUAAUUUUACAAAUAAACAAAUUAAUUCAUCUGUUUUCUCAUCACAACUAACUUCUACAAAUCCACGUGAUAAUGAUAGGCUAAGAUUACAAAACAAUCGACCGAUUGGCAAUCGAGAACAAGCUUGUCUAAUUGAUUCGCGUAAUCAGUCAACUGGAAUACAAAGUCAGUCAAAUCCAACACAAUAUGAAAAUGCUAAAUUUGUUAGGAAUACGAAAUUAGAGACAGUGCCUAAUAGUGAAAAAGAGAAAUCUGUCUACACUCCACGAUCCACCUCUCCUCGUCUACAAACUGGAUCAUAUGGUGUUGCUGACACUGAGGCUACAGAUGUUAAUCGAAAGUCAACAAAACAUUUUCGUAAUGAUUUGGAUCAUAAUGGAGUUGAAAGAUUUCAAGAAAAUGAAGAUUCAAUUAUAGUGAUGGAUUUGAAUCCAUAUCCGAAUAACUCAAAUAGGAAGAGUAAUUUCCCAUCAUUAAACUUUUCAAGAGGCUCAUCACAUGAUAAUGAUAAUGUAGACAAAGACUAUGAUACAGCUUAUGGAGGUUCACAUGAAUCCACUAGUGGUGAUAUAGCUGGUUCUGGUUACUCUCAAAGAAGACGUUCAACAAUACGUAGUCUAUUCAAACGAGAAUGA